UAGACGGGCAUGGUCCCAGACACAGACAGCAGAGACCCCCAGACCAUCACCAUCACCAUCACCACAGAGGCAAGAGAGAGGAGAGACCUGCCUGAACCGUCACAGAUUACCUUGGCUAGCAACUACAGACAGACAGAUAGUCCAGAGAGAAGAACACCGAACACAGAGAUACCAAGACAGACAGAUAGAGGAGUCUGAGAAACUAACGGAGGUGAUAAAUCCAAUAUAAGGACAGAACUUCACCCACACGGAACCGUGAUAAUGCAGGUGUGUACCGUUGUUGAGAAGCGUGCUGGGGCCGUGGUGGGGGCUGAGCUGGCCUGCAGCGURCGGGAGGAGAACCAGGCUCAGAGGGAGAGCUAUAAAGCCGACUGGAACAGUGUUAACAUGAAGACCCGGGCCAUGGACAGGCAGACAAUGAACAUGAACGAUGACUCUCGUCGGGAGACCUACACUCGUCAGUGGGAGGCUCGCUCUCUGGCCCAGGCCUGUCCCUCGGGGGUGUACAGAGUGGGCACCGUGGAGAGGGGUGUGAGGGAGCACCAGCUCCUGCCCAAGAGGAACACCCUGCCCCUGCCCAUCUUCACCCCCGCACAGCUGGGCAUCCGGCUGGGCCGCGGAGCACCACACACCCAGGAGGACCUCCGUYCCUUCCCCAUCCCCGACGGUGCCUGCCCUGGCAAGAGGGCCGUGGUCGAGAUCACACAGGACCUGCCCCCCGYCAAGCCACUCAGGAUGGAGUUCGCCAAGGCGCCCAAAGCACUGGGCCGCUCCRUGUCACAGGAGGUCCAGAGAGGGUGAAGGAAGAGGAGAGGAAGAGGAAGAGGAAGAAUGGAUGUUAGGGAGAAAGGUUCAUUGUGGGGCUCAGCCCAUCAGAUAAUAGCAUGGAGGGGUGUGUAUAGAUUUAUACCUAGUGACAUUUAUUCCAUCCCUAUUCCCUAGUAGAGCCGUCACACAUUGCAUACCUUUCCUGUUUCAUUACUGUAGGUAUUACAUGUCCAAUGUCGUACUGUUUGUUAUACAAGGUAUUAUUCGCUUAGAGAUCUGAUGGCAUCUUUUGAYUGACAGAAAGGCAGACAAAUGCUCUGUUCUUUCAGCUGUGCCAUAAACUAAUCUCCCUGCUGA